GCAAUAGCGUGACCGUAAGAUUGUUCCUAAACACAACCAUUCGGGAAAAAACAUUAAAACAACCAAGGGGUACUUACAGGAGUCAGAUAUGAGUGUCUCAAGUAGAACAUAUUUUUCUCUUCAAUCUCAAACUCAUUUCGGAGCUUUUGUACGUCUCGAAUGGUCACAGGCCGGCUUAGACGGUGCUUCCCGAUCCAAAUAUUACCGGGGGGCAUGUGUUUACGCCUACAAAGAGCCUGAAACAGCCUCAUUUUCGAACAAACUUAACCUCACUUUAACGAUAAAUUGUUAAGUUGGCAAUGCACUAAAAAAAUCCUAAUUAUUUUUUAAAAAUACAAACAGGACGGAAAUGAAACGGUUAUUGUGACCUAUUAAAGGCCCACUGACCGUUUUACCCACUAACUGCACGAAUUAUUUUAUUUUUGUUAAAACAGAUUAUUUAAAUUUGUUGGGUUGGCAAUCUUGUGUUAUAACCCAACUUUUGACCCCUAAGAAAAAUGACAAAUUUCAUUGCUAGGUUAAGUUUUAGCAUACUAAAACCACAAAUAUGGGCCUCCCAGAUCACUCGGGUCAUGCCCGAGUCUUAUUUGAGCCGCGUCACAUCGUAUUGUACCACUCGUGUGACACUUUACCCUAACCUCACUUUGCGUCCUUUUUCAUCAAAUUCGCGCUGUAUUCAGGACAAUAUUUCAACGUUGCAGCUCAAAAAGCGCCCAAUCCGUAAGAAAAAAAUCCUAGAGGAUGAAUUAGUGCGCCCCCCUGGCCUAUACAGUGUUGUUGCGUACGCCACCGCUGAAGAGUACGAUUUAGAGCGCCUGAUCCAGGGGUUAAAACAGUUGGAUUUGUACGAACCCAAAGUGAUCGCAAAUGCGUCGGAUGUGGUGCACGCCGUGGCCAAAUAUCAAGUUGAUCAGGAGCCCCGCGAGAUUUUUUUCUUCCGCGAAGGCAGUGUUGUUUUGUGGAACGUGACCGAAUUAGAGAGUAGUAAUGUUCUUAGUUUUUUGCGCGAGUUCGAAUUGGAGAGUCAUUCGGAGAGUUUGGUGCAGGAGGAGUGCGAAAUAAUGACUUACAGGCACCAGAAAGAGGGGCUGCCUAGUGCCUUGGCCAAAGACGGGGACUUGUUGGUGGCCACGGUUGACAACAGUGAGAUCGAUUUGGAUAAGUACACGUUUUCGAAUGCGAUGAUUCUGAGUGUGAAGUUGGCCAUAUGGGAGGCGUCGCUGGAGCGCUACAUUGGGACAAUUGAGUUUGUUACAGAAGACUUGAAGAAUGGGAAUAAAAUUAGGAUGUCUCGGGAGGAGGUGUUGAGGAAACAUGGCGAAUUGUUCGCUUUGAGACACAUGAUUAAUUUGAGUUCGGAUCUUUUAGAUACUCCCGAUUUCUACUGGGAGAAUGAACAACUAGAAAAUUUAUACUUGCAAGUGUGUAAUUAUUUUGCGAUUGCGAAACGGACGAGAGUCAUGAACGAAAAAAUCAAUCAUUGUGUCGAGUUGAUUGAACUCUUAUCAACGCAUUUGAGUGAUAAGCAUCAUGUCCGGCUAGAAUGGAUGAUAAUUGUCCUCAUUAUGGUCGAAGUGGCAUUUGAAACGAUCCAUUACAUUGACAGAUACAUGAAUUAAGAUAAGCCUUAAACACAUUUAUCAUUAUUUUGUACAAUAAUUAGAAAAAUUACAUAAAACAGGAUUAAACAUCAAUAAUAGACUUUAAAAAA